AUGCCGAAAAAUGCUGUACAAUCGCCUCCGCCGCGCUCAGCAUGCAUCGCAUGUGCCAAGGCCAAGAGACGAUGUACCAAGAACUUGCCGGCGUGUCGACGCUGCUCACAGAGGGGGCUGAAUUGCCGGUAUCCACCACUCAAACUGACGAUUGAGCUGCCUGAUGACUUCAAAGACAUGCCAGCGUUGGCCAGCACCGGCAUUCUCGCUGCGGUAGAGACGCCGCCGCCAUCUCAAGACUUAUGGGGCUUCAAUGAUCUUGUUAAUAACAUGAACACGUGUUUUCAUCCGCCUGUGUGGUUUCUGCUACCCGAGUCCUGGGCAAUUGUUCACCAACCGGCUCCAUACCAGCAAUCUGAGUCUUUAAGUGGCGGUCUUCUGGACUCUACAGAAAGGAUCCUGUCCUGGCUGCAACAGUGGGUAAAUGAUUGCUCAUGUCCCUUUAUUCAUGCACAUCUAUAUAAAGACGACCUGCCCAGUUGCAUACAAAAUGCCUUUACCGCCACUGCAGCAUACUUUGCCAAGACGGCAGCGAAUAAAGGACUCAUUCUCCGCAUUAUCGAAGGCAACUGUAAUGCAUUACUUGAUCAGCUUGAAGAUGGCCUAGAUGCUGGCGAAGACACAGCUACAUCAGGCACAUUUCAUUACCUAGCGCGCACCCAGACCUUACUAAUAUACCAAAUCAUUCGUUUAUUUGACGGUGACAUUCGGUCAAGAGCACAGGCGGAGAAUAGCAUGGACCUUCUCCUGUCAUGGGCCGGUCAGCUGUGGGAGAGUGCUAGCAAGGACGCGGAAUUAGCCAUUUAUGAAAAGGCCUCCCUGACUUCCUCUAUAACUGCGGAUAGAUGCGGCGGUAUAUCAGAUCCAAACGCAUUUCGCGUUGACGGGAGUGUGCCGGCUCUCUGGCGCGCAUGGUAUGCUGCCGAAUCAAUCCGGCGGACAUACGUUGCCAUCAUUUUUGUCCAAGGCAUGUAUCAGACGCUGAAACAAGGCUGGGCGUGUUGCCCUGGCGGAGUCAGCUUUACCGUGACAAAUGGUCUGUGGGACUCCCCGUCUGCGCAUACGUGGUGGGAGUUAUUCAUUCAAGAUACAGCUCCUCCGGCGCAAAGCUUGCAGCUUGAGAGGCUGCUGCUUGAGAACCAACCAGCAGAGGUCGAUGCAUUUGUGCAGCCUCUGCUUGUUGCUUCGUACGGGCACGAGAGAGUGGAUCAAUGGAUAACUCAGCAAGCAUAG